AUGUCAAGCUACACCCACUUUGGAUCACAGCAACCAGAACAGUCGGUGUCUUAUGCAAAGGUUUCUUCCAUAUCUUCGGUACCACCCUUUGAACGUGCCUAUUUCCCGUCCGCUGCCCAAUGGCCCAACUCGCACAGCAGCAAGCGGAGGCUCUGCCGUCAGCGCAAGCAUUUGGCGUGGUUGUCUUAUGCACUGAUGGUAGUUUUUGUAUUUGGAAUUUACUUUUGCCGGCUGAAGGGCAGCAGUGGGAACGGGGCGAUGGUGGCAAAUAGGAAACUGGCAGAAGAAACUGAUGGAGAUGAAGAAUCCGAUGGACACCUGGAAGGGAAGGUUAAUUCCGAGCUUUGCCACAUCAUUGGUGAAACAACUGGAUCUGCAGAGCAUUUCAAAGCUCCUGGCGAACCCUCAGCUUUGCCAGAGUCAGCGGAGGUGCAGACUAGAACAUUAAGUGGAAAAAGGAAAAGGAAAAAGACGCAGGAGGACACCGGGGUUAGCACCUCUCGACAACAAGACACAGCCAAGACCCAACCGCCCCUAGCACUAGGACAGACCGCUAAUACGCUUUCGGAAGGUUCAGGGGAUGUUACGGGAACAGAUGAGCAACUCAUGAAGAGGGCGAGGAUCGCUGAGUGGGCGAUUGAUCCAGUUGAGGACAUAGAUUUUCUUCUGAGCACUCGGCAGAGCAUUUCCCCAGGAGGACUGGCUGCCCUUGGACUUCAGGCACUCCUCAAUACCGGGAACAAUGGGGUGAAUGGCAGUGUGGCGAGGCCACAACCAGUGAGCUUUCCUGGUGCUUCUCAGGUCCAAGGUACAGCUAACGGUUCGUCACCCCAAGUGCACUUUGGGAAAACGACAGAAGGUGCCCAUGCUACCCUUGGCACAAGUGAUAUUCAUCAUGCUAAGAAGGAGCCGGCCGCUGAAGCACCCGCCACGCUUGCCAGCAGUUCAUUGCAGUAUCCUGCGAGCAGUACCUUGCCACAGUUGGAAGGUGGGCGUAUGCAGGCACAGGAACUGGCGGCAGUUGUACAUGGGAAACCCAGCAAAAUCCCGAAUCAGGAACACUCCACGCAACACCAAGACCUGCACCGGCCCCCUGCACAGGGAGACCAGCGAAACUACACACCGCCUGCUUCCAGUGCAUCAUCCACUCAGAGCGUUCUUAGAAGGUACCUAAUAGCGAGGGCAAGUGCCCGCCGACAGGGUGACAACGUGGCCCAACCGGGUCCUUCGGAAGAGGAUACCCAGGUGGACCCUGCCAUUCGAGAAAAGCUCUUAAAGCAUCCUUUCUACCGACUGCCAGCCGUUGAAUCAGGAGUGUUGGUACAUUACUUUGACUGGACGCACGCCGUGAACUCUUCAGUUUUCCCUCGGCAGCUGGCACAGAAGUUUUUGGAAUUUCAGAGAAUCAUCUGCAAGGAUACGCUUUCUCAGAGUGAAGUCGACGCCCUCGGGUUUACGACUUGGGAUCUCUUGAGGGAUGCAGCUUCCACAAGGAUCACGAUUCUGACGAAACCCUCGUAUUAUGAACUAGUCGAACCACUAGCAAACCGGUUCCUUCUUGUUGAUGCAUUGUUCUGUGCCUGCGAGAUACUGGGGAAGGCAGCAGGGAAGGAACACUGGUGGCCUGGUGUGAUGAGCAAGCUGGCUGCACCACCCGUGCUUAUGGGGAAGGGUGACGCCAAAGCAACCCCAGAAGUGAAGCAAUUUGUGGAAAGUGUUUGUGCUGCUCUUCGCAUUUACCAGAGAGGUGAUCGACCUUCACCGGAAGUCGUCGUUGGUAUCAAGAAGCAACUGUUUGGGGAUCCGCCGAUACAUCGCGCCUUCUCCCGGAUGGUAUGGGGUUGGUUUAGGCAAGUAUUGUCGAAGGCUGAACAAUCAUAG